AAGAAUUUAUAAUUUAUGUGUGGUUUUUCUUAUUAAAAGUGGAACUAUAACUACGAUCAUAUUGGUAAUUACAAACACCAUGUAGGUAAGUGAACGAGAUAAAGUGGCUGCUCAAUAACCUGGAGUGUGAAUAUUAUGAUAUUAUUUUGAACAUUUAAAACCACAUAAUUGUUUGUUGUGCUUGUGUGUUUGUGUCAAUUUAAAAUAUAAUUAAAAUGAUUAUCAAAAGUUUUGUACUUGUAAUGCUGAGCUGUCUCGUAGUAUUAUCUGAGUCUGCAAGAAUAUUAGCAGUGUUACCAGUUCCCAUGAUAAGUCAUCAAAUGGUGUUUCGAGUGCUAAUGCAAGAACUUGCGAAACGUGGUCAUCAUGUAACAAUGAUUACUGGAAUUCCAUCUAAUUCAAAAGAUCAGAUGACUGCUAAGUAUACGGAGAUUGAUGUUAGUCCAGUUACAGAUAGUGUACGAACGAAACUGCUCACAGAAGAAAUAAAGAUAUCUGAUGACUUGGUGCCCCAGUUUUUAAGUACUUUUAAAAUCACAGUUGACAUAAACGAUAAAUUAUUAGGUUUGGAGGUUAUUAAAACAAUGAUCAGAGAUACGGAGAGUACACAUUUUGAUUUAAUUUUUCUAGAAGAUUGUUUAAAAUCAUCGUUAAUUUUUUCACACUUUUUUAAAGCACCGGUUAUACAUAUAAGUUCAUUUGGAGGUACAUUUGAAACGUUUGAGGCAGUGGGUGCCGCGACUCAUCCAUUUUUUUAUCCCCUUGCCGUAAGAAAACGAUACCAUGAUCUUUCUAUGUUGGAGAAAAUUUCAGAAUUGCACUUACAAUAUCGAUUACAGAAAGCUUAUAAUGAACAUGAAGAAUUGGAUAACAGAGUAUUUCAAAAACAUUUUGGAAAGAAUGCUCCAACGUUAGAUGAGUUAAAGAAAAAUAUAAAUUUGGUAUUUUUAAAUAUUCAUCGUAUUUGGGACUCAAAUCGUCCUGUUCCUCCUAAUGUUAUAUAUUUAGGAGGUCUUCAUGAGAAACCGCAACAAGAACUACCCAAGGAAUUAAAAUCAUCUCUUGAUUCUUCAGACAAGGGUAUUAUCUACGUGAGUUUUGGAACCAAUAUUAAUCCAGCAAUAUUAUCUCCAGAAAGACUACAAACAUUUAUUAAAGUUUUCUCAAAAUUACCUUACGAUAUUUAUUGGAAAUGGAACGAUAACCUUCCUGGAUUGACGGAAAAUAUUAAAAUAUUGAAAUGGUUUCCUCAAUCGGAUUUACUAAGGCAUCCGAAAGUAAAACUUUUUAUUACCCAAGGAGGGUUACAAUCUACAGAUGAAGCUAUUGUGGGCGGUGUACCUCUUAUUGGCAUACCCAUGAUGUGGGAUCAAUGGUACAAUGUAAAUAAAUACGUACAGUUUAAUAUAGGAUUACAAUUGGAUAUAAAUACUUUGACCGAAAGUAAUUUAAAAGAUGCUAUAGAAACAGUUAUCCAAGAUAAGAGUUUCAAAGAAAAUAUUAUAAAGCUACACUCAGUUAUUCAUGAUCAGCUACAGUCACCUCUGGAGCGAGCCGUUUGGUGGACAGAAUAUGUUAUACGCAAUCACGGAGCAGAACAUCUUCGUGCUCCAACAGCAAAUAUGACCUGGGUAGAAUACUACGAAAUAAAGCUUAUAAUGUUUGUCACAAUAGGCUUAAUUUUUAUAAUAGUACUUUUAUCAUUAAUGACACUUUAUGUAUUACGAAUGUGUGUUAAAAAUGUUAAAAUUUUACGUAUAAAAAUGACUUAUAAGAUGCUUAAAAGCUUUAUAAGUUAUUUAAUUAUCUUUCAUCUGGUAGUUAUAUCAAAAUCCGCAAAAAUUUUAGCAGUAUUACCAGUUCCUGUUCUAAGUCAUCAAAUGGUGUUUCGGGUGCUAACACAAGAGUUAGCUCAACGUGGACAUCAAGUUACAGUUAUUACUGGAAUUCCUAUAUACGCAAGAGAUAUAGCUCCAGUUAAUUAUACUGAGAUUAGUAUACGUGGAAUUUCAGAAAACAUUAUGGAACAGCUAAUGACAGAAGAAAUAAAUAUAUCAGAAGACCUAGUGGCUCAAUUUGUGAGUACAUUUAAAGCAUCUUCUCAAAUAUAUGACGAAUUACUAGGCCUAGAAGAUAUUCAAAAUUUAAUCAAAUAUAAGAGUACAUAUUUUGAUCUUAUCUUUCUAGAAGACUGUGCGAAAGCAACGUUGAUAUUUUCUCACCUAUUUAACGCUCCGGUUAUACAAAUAAGUUCCUUUGGAGGUACUUUUGAAACAUUUGAGGCAGUAGGUGCCUCAACACAUCCAUUUUUAUACCCACUUGCUAUUAGAAAACGAUAUCAUAAUCUCUCAGCGUGGGAAAAAAUUUCAGAGUUAUUUCUGCAAUAUAGAUUACAAAAAGUUUACAAUGAAGCCGAAAUGAUGGAUAGUGAAAUAUUGAAAAAACAUUUUGGAAGAAAUACUCCAACAGUACAUGAGCUGAAGAAAAACAUUCAUAUGCUGUUUUUAAACAUACAUCCUAUUUGGGAUUCAAAUCGUCCUGUUCCACCUAAUGUUAUAUACUUGGGAGGUCUGCAUCAAAAACCGCAACAAGUAUUGCUCAAGGAUUUAAAAUCGUCUCUUGAUUCUGCAACGGAAGGUAUCAUCUAUGUUAGUUUUGGAACAAAUGUGAAUCCAGCGAUAUUACCGCUCGAAAAACUACAAAUAUUUAUUAAUGUCUUCUCCAAAUUGCCUUAUGACGUAUAUUGGAAGUGGAAUGAUAAAGAUCUUCCAAUAUUGUCGAAAAAUAUAAAGAUUUAUAAAUGGUUUCCUCAAUCAGAUCUACUUAGGCAUCCAAAAGUAAAACUAUUUAUAACCCAGGGAGGUUUGCAGUCUACAGAUGAAGCUAUUGCAGCAGGUGUCCCUCUUAUAGGUAUACCAAUCGUUUGGGAUCAAUGGUUUAACGUAGAUAAAUAUGUUCACUUAGGAAUUGGUUUACAGUUGGAUAUUAACACUAUCACAGAAACUAAAUUAAAAGAUGCUAUAGAAACAAUUCUCGGUGAUAAAAGAUACAAGGAAAAUAUUUUGAGGUUACAUUCCGUGAUGCGUGAUCAGGUGCAAUCACCUUUAGCGCGAGCUAUUUGGUGGACAGAAUAUGUUAUACGCAAUCGCGGAGCAGAACACCUGCGAGCUCCAACUGCACAUAUAACCUGGAUUGAAUACUAUGAAAUAAAACUCAUGCUAUUUAUUGGAACAUUCACUAUUUUAAUGUUAGUUAUAUUAUCAUUAACAUUUCUACGUAUAUUACGAUUGUUUGUAAAUAAAAUUAAAACGGACUGA